GGGGGGGAGGGAGGAGAGGAAAGAACGUGUCCCAGUGGAGAGGAUCUUUCUUGUGUUAAGAAAUAGUUUUCAGCCAGGUCUCCAGCUUUAAGACUGAAAGCUGUUGCUGACUGGGAUUCGGGCUCAGAACACAAGGCUUGCCUCGGCUUGUGCAUGUCCAUCUUUCGUAAGGUUAUUCAGAAGCUGGCGCACAGUUAGGAAAGGCUUUCCAAAUAAGCUUUCUGUAUGGAGGCCUUAUCUCACUGCUAAGGUCUGUUUUCAGUACUGUUGGGAGGAGCUGGAGCUGGGGAGGGGAGGAGAGGGGAGGGGAGAAAAGAUAACCAGAUGAUUUUGACAUUUGCAAUAAAUGUACUAGCUUAGCCAUGCGAGACGCAGUUUAGCAGCAGUCCAGCAGCUCUGCUGGGACACAUCUGGUGAAGCUCCCUCAGCCUCUGUUACAGAGAAAUCAUUCUUGCUGGUGUUUCUCCACGAUCCUCUUCUCCUCUGUGCGCAGGGGAAAGGAGGGUCAGAGUGUACCAGCGCACGUGCAGUGAUAUCAGAACGCAGUCAUCCUUCACGCUCAAUCCCCUACCAUUGGAGCUCGAUGUCUGUCUACAACUGCGGAGAACGCAUGCAGCAGCCAGCUCCCAGAGUUAAGACCACACUGUCAGCAUGGGGACCUGCUGGAUCAAACACCUCAGAGAGGAAUUCACUCUCAGCAAGUGCUCCCCGAAGCCAGACAUCCCACAGUUAAUGCUUCGACCUCAGUGGAGGAUCCAUCCGGUCGUGUGGCUGGGAUAUCGAAUAUUCAUGGGGGUCUACACACUGUCCUGGUGUGUGUGCAGUGGUGUACAGUACAGAAGCAUCAAAUGGUUCAUCUUCUUGUCUCACCUUGCCUACGUCAUGCUCACCGUCUACUUCAACCUAGCGUUGGUAAACCUCAUUUGUUACAUGACGCUAGGACUAAAGGGUUCCACUAAACAGAGCACAGACACAAUGCUGGAGGAGAAAUUCAACUCAAACACAGCGGUUGUUGAGGUGGAAGCCAGCGAGAGCUCGGGAUCGUGCCGGGUUGCGCUGUUGCCAGUGUCUUCGGCAUUGCACUCCAGCCUCUCCGUGCAGUGGAUCCUCCACAACCUGAUCAACGUGCACGCCCUCUUCGUCACCAUCGCCUUCUGGAGCCUGGAGUACCAGCCGGGACACACACAACUGGACAGUGUCAACCUCAACAUGCACCUGGUGAACAGCGUGCUGGUGCUGGCAGAGCUAGGGCUGAUCGCUGCCCCCAUUCACCUCCUCCACGUCCUCUACGUCCAGUGCUUCUGCACCAUGUACAUUGUCUUCACUGUCAUCUACUGGAGCGCUGGGGGCACUAACACCACAGGCAAGGCCUACAUCUACUGGGUGAUAGAUUACCAGCACCGCCCCGGCCUGGCCGCCGGCUGCAACCUCGUCAUCGACUGCAUCGCCAUGCCCACCCUCCAGUUCCUGGCCUGGAACCUGCACCUCCUCAGGCGCUGCGACCACCUCUCGCUCUGCCAGCCCCAACUCUGACCCCGGCAUUUAUUCCCGGCAGCAAAAUUCUCUGUGUCAGGAAGACGUCAGGAAUUUACUGUAUGAAACGC